CAAGAAGUUGUGGAAACUUUACCUUCUGUUGGGGUUGUGCUGCAAGAUGUCUGUCCCUAAACAUGAAAAAUUGUGCCCAUGUUAACCGGAUCAAGUGGCAACGGAGUCCAAUAUAGCUGACAUGGUUGUAGGACCCUCCCUUCGCGGAGUCAGGGCCUUCUUCCCCGAACCGCCUCCCUGCGCGCUUGAGGCAGCUUUGUGCAUUGUGUGCGUCGCGUGGAUAGCGCGUGCGGGAGCGUGUUUCACGGACAGCAAGUGGAAAAGGAAAGAAAAGGAACAUGCUUCGCGAUGAGGCCGUGAAAGACCCGCAAUCUUGUACUUUCGUGAAGAAUGGCCAUACCAUGCCAUAUCCGUGAUCUGAAUUGUUCAGGCAAUCCUUCAAAGGCAGCCUGUAUACUUGGUUCAUCCCAGGUUCUUGACCCAAUCUUCUUCCGGUUCGUUGUUGCUUGACAGUUUCCUCCACAAAUCUCUCGAGUUUUGAAUUGUUCGGUGUUUUUGUUUUCACGGCCUUGCAAGACGCUCCAUGGUACAUGGCCAUGCCACCACCAGGAGGUCGGGGUCAACUUUUCCAUUUAUGCCAAUGCUUCUUGCUGAUGAUUUUCCUGGUCAUCCUGCUCUUGAGAGGAUUGAUGUCACACUUCGCCUGCGACUGCCGUCGUUGCCCAGGCACUGUUUGCUGCCGCUCCACCAGCACUGCCACAGCCGUUGAGGUGGAGACCGUAGGCUUAGUGAAUGGACGCUUUCCGGGCCAGUUUGCCCCCACGCCGCGUCCAGACUUCCUAAAGCGCCGUUUGGAGGUUUGGGAUCGUUUGUGGCAGAAGGCACAGGAGGAGCUGCAGAAGAAGCCAAAGCAGCCCAUCAAGGUGACAUUGCCCGAUGGAUCCGUGAGAGAAGCAACGAGCUUCUUCACAACUCCACUGGAGAUUGCAGAGGGCAUCUCAAAACGCUUGGCAGCUGACGCAGUGGUGGCAUUGGUGGAGUAUGAUGAGCCUAGCGACAGCAGCUGCGCUCCUUGUGUUGCGGCUGAUGGGGAAGAAGAUGAUGAGGAGCCCGAUGCACAAGGGCAACUCUGGGACCUCACCAGACCCUUGGAAGGCAAUUGCAAGCUCGAGCUCAUUAAGUUUGAUGAUGCUCGUGGCCAAGACACCUUUUGGCACUCUUCAUCCCACGUGUUGGGAGCAGCUUUGGAAGAUGCAUUUGGUGGACACUUGACCAUUGGGCCAGCAGUGGAAGGCGGCUUCUACUACGACAUGUACUUAGGUGAGCAGCGUCUCUCUGACUCUAACUUUGAGGAGAUUGAGAAAACCGUGGCAGAAUUGCGCCAAAGCAAAGCGCCCUUUCAGCGCAUGGUCAUUUCCAGAGAAGAAGCCUUAGAGCUCUUUGCCAACAACCCUUUCAAAGUCGACCUGAUUGAAAGAAAGGUGACCCCAGGUACUAUGACAACAGCGUAUCGAUGUGGCGAUUUGGUGGAUCUUUGCCGUGGGCCACACUUGCCUUCUACUGAUCGAGUGAAGGCCUUUAAGGUAACGAAGAAUUCUUCUGCUUAUUGGUUGGCAUCUGCAGACAAUGACUCCUUGCAGCGGAUCUAUGGUGUAUCGUUCCCAUCAGAGAAGCUGUUGAAGGCACACCUCAGGAGACUAGAAGAGGCUAAGGAGCGUGAUCACCGACGGGUAGGGAAGCAGCAAGGGCUCUUUUUCUUUGAUGCUGUGGUCUCGCCAGGAUCCUGCUUUUGGACCAGCUAUGGGGCACGGAUCUACAACAGACUUCAGGAACUGAUGCGUGCAGAGUAUCGGGCUCGUGGUUUCGAAGAAGUGAUCACACCCAACAUUUUCUCAGCCGAACUCUUCAAACGUUCUGGGCACUACCAGAACUAUCGUGAAGACAUGUACGGCUUUGAAGUAGAGGGUCAAGAGUGGUACUUGAAGCCCAUGAACUGCCCAGGGCACUGCGUGCUUUUCGACAGCAGGCCUCGCUCAUAUAGAGAAUUGCCCAUCAGGAUGGCAGAUUUUGGAGUGUUGCAUCGAAACGAGCUCAGUGGAACCCUCUCUGGACUGACUCGAGUGCGGCGCUUCCAGCAGGAUGACGCCCACAUCUUCUGCAGGGAAGACCAGAUCAAGAGCGAGGUCACUGCGGCUUUAGCCUUUGUGUUCAACAUCUAUGAGCUGUUUGGUUUCGAGUUCUCUUUAGCGUUGAGCACAAGACCUAAGAAGGCCAUGGGAAGUGUUGAGCUCUGGCAGCGAGCGGAGGAGCAACUGCAACAGGCACUGGAAGAGACAGGCAAGCCAUGGAGCCUUAAGAAAGGAGACGGUGCCUUCUAUGGGCCGAAGAUUGACAUCCAGCUGCAAGAUGCUUUGGGCCGUGGUCACCAGUGCGGAACGAUCCAGCUAGAUUUCCAACUGCCGUUGCGCUUCAACCUCCGUUAUCAGAGUGAGAAGGGUGCAGAGGAGUCAGCAAGCUCCACUGACGAGG